GAACGCGCAGGAUUAUGUGAAGGUUUUCCCUCCCUCACACACGCAAAGAAGAGGACUGUGAAGAAGCACUUGACAGCAAUGGCAGCAAUUCUACCGCCAUUUCCGUCGCGUUCUGUCUCCCCAAGGCUUCCGGUUCCAGGUCAACAAGCUUCCCUUGUAAGUCAUCUCAUUCGAAGCUCCACAGUUUCCCAGAAACACAUCUCCUUCAAAGUUCAAGCUGCAAAGCUUUCUGCCGGGGUGGAUUACCCAAAGGAACAGCCAAAACUUAAGCCCCCAUUUCUGGGUUUUACAAGAACUGCUGAAAUAUACAACUCCAGAGCUUGUAUGAUUGGACUGAUUGGAACAUUCAUUUUAGAACUGAUAUUGAAUAAGGGAAUACUUCAGGCUAU